UGGUUGGAUAAGUUUAUUUAUUAAAGCAUGGAUAUUGGUCUCUUUAUUGAGGCUGCCUGUUACUAAGAUACAGUAUUGAACCAAUUAAAAAUGUGUCAUUCCUGAAUAUUUGCUAGAGGUACACUGAUAUAUUGGUUGCAUAUUGGAUCAGCACCAAAUAAAGGGAAAUUUCCAUUAUCGGCUAUUGGCUUUUUUGGCCAUUUUAGCCCAUUAAUGUUCUCUGAUAAAUAUAAUUAUGCCUUCUGGCUGGGGCCUCCGGAUGCCUGGGUUCCCUUGGGAAACAGCGAGUUUCCCCUUUGCAGGUGGGCAGCAUUCUACCCUGCAAGGGGUCUUCCUUGGGGCUGCUGGGAGUGAGACACAGGGAGUGUCGUGUGCAUGUGUGGCCGCAUGCAUGCAUGGAGCCAGGAAAACGGCCAGUCAGCAUGGAGAGCAGCUUCCUUCAGGGUUCGCUUAUGUUAUAAAGAGGCUCAAAAUGAAAACUACCAAUUUCACAUGCAGGAGAAUAGAGAGGAUCUGACGAACUUCUUUCAGGCAGUGUACUCAAUAGCCCGAACUCUAACAUGAGCAGCAUGGUAGUUACUGCAAAUGGUAACGACAACAAGAAAUUCAAAGGAGACGAUAAAAUGGAUGGGGCUCCUUCUCGUGUUCUUCAUAUCAGGAAAUUGCCUGGUGAAGUGACAGAAACUGAAGUUAUUGCUUUAGGCUUACCUUUUGGUAAGGUAACCAACAUCCUGAUGCUGAAAGGAAAAAAUCAGGCUUUUUUGGAACUUGCAACAGAAGAAGCCGCUAUCACUAUGGUUAAUUAUUAUUCUGCUGUGACACCUCAUCUCCGUAACCAGCCCAUCUAUAUCCAGUACUCUAAUCAUAAAGAACUAAAGACUGAUAAUACACUAAACCAGAGGGCUCAAGCUGUACUUCAGGCAGUGACGGCAGUACAGACAACAAAUACUCCCAUAAGUGGGACUACAGUUAGUGAGAGUGCAGUAACUCCAGCUCAGAGUCCCGUACUUAGAAUAAUAAUUGACAACAUGUACUACCCUGUAACCCUUGAUGUUCUUCACCAAAUAUUCUCUAAAUUUGGUGCUGUAUUAAAGAUAAUUACAUUCACAAAGAAUAACCAGUUUCAAGCAUUACUGCAAUAUGGUGAUCCAGUGAAUGCACAGCAAGCAAAAUUAGCAUUAGAUGGCCAAAAUAUUUAUAAUGCCUGCUGUACUCUACGGAUUGAUUUUUCCAAACUGGUGAAUUUAAAUGUAAAGUACAACAAUGAUAAAAGUAGGGACUAUACUCGACCCGAUCUUCCAUCUGGUGAUGGGCAGCCAGCAUUGGACCCAGCUAUUGCUGCAGCAUUUGCCAAAGAGACCUCACUUUUAGGGCUUCCUGUUGCAGCUGUUCCAGGAGCUCUGAGUCCCUUGGCUAUUCCGAAUGCUGCUGCUGCAGCAGCUGCUGCUGCUGCUGGCCGUGUGGGCAUGCCUGGAGUCUCAGCUGGUGGCAAUACAGUCCUCCUGGUUAGCAAUUUAAAUGAAGAGAUGGUUACGCCCCAAAGUCUGUUUACCCUCUUCGGUGUAUAUGGGGAUGUGCAGCGUGUGAAGAUUUUAUACAAUAAGAAAGACAGUGCUCUUAUACAGAUGGCUGAUGGGAACCAGUCACAGCUGGCCAUGAGCCAUCUUAAUGGACAAAAAAUGUACGGAAAGAUUAUUCGAGUUACACUUUCCAAACAUCAAACAGUACAGCUACCUCGGGAGGGACUUGAUGAUCAAGGGCUAACUAAGGAUUUUGGUAAUUCACCUCUGCAUCGCUUUAAGAAACCUGGCUCCAAAAAUUUUCAGAAUAUAUUCCCUCCAUCCGCAACUCUUCACCUGUCUAAUAUUCCACCAUCAGUAGCAGAAGAUGACCUGCGUACACUGUUUGCUAACACUGGGGGCACUGUGAAAGCAUUUAAAUUUUUUCAAAGAGAUCACAAGAUGGCGCUUCUUCAAAUGUCGACAGUGGAAGAAGCUAUUCAGGCUUUGAUUGAUCUACACAAUUACAAUCUUGGAGAAAAUCACCAUUUGAGAGUUUCUUUCUCUAAAUCAACUAUUUAAAAUGGGAGAAAAAGAAUGAAGGGUGUAUUGCAUUGUUCAGUGUCGUCACCUAUUGACUGUUCAGGAAAGUGGGGACCAGAGUUUGACUUCUGUUUUUCAUGCUGUAUAUCAUUCCUUGGUUGUUUCUUAAAAACAUUCACAAGAAGAAAAAAAAAAGCAGUGCUAAUAACUGCUAGUUUUUCAUCUGUUGUUUAGAUAAACCAUCAUUUUGUUUAAAAAGGUUUCAAGUUAAUCCCACAGUUUCUCAACUUAGUUGACAUACGUGCCUUAAAAAGGAAUACUAGUGUUGCUAGAGUUGCAUAUACUAGUAAAGUGAAUUUGGUUGUCUGGGGCACAUUGUUACACGAUGAUUUAAAAUAUGUUUAGGCAGGGGUGUGUAAAAAGGUUAAGCUUUAUUUCUCCUGCUUGGAACUUUUAUU